AUGGACACGUUAGAAAAGUUAGAGAGUGAAUUAAAAUCCAAGCACAAACUUCCAAACAACAACAUCAACAACAUUCACAUUGACAACACAACAAAAUUGCAUGACAUAAACCUAUCUACCAGCAACAACACUUCUGACAACAGCAAUGCGAACAGUAACGGGUAUAAAAAUCUUGAUAUGAAUAAUUUCAGAGUUGAAAACAUCCAAGUUGAAGCUGAGCCACCAGCGAUCGUUUGCGCUGAUUCAACAACAACUACAACUUUAACUUCAACAACUAUGACAACAACAUCAACAUCACUAUCUACACUGCCUACAGCAACAACAACAACAACACCCUCUAUUCAACAAACACCAACAAAUAACAUCUUAAGUAAUUCAGCGUGGGAAACAAAGCUUCAAGGAAAUUUGUACGAAGCAACAAGCAACAAUAACAACAACAUCAUCGGCAACAUUGUUGAUGUUCCUAUCUGCAACAAAACUACAAAAAAGCGAAAAAAUUCGCUUUCUUUGGAGUCGUGCGUUUCUUUUAAUAAGAAGCCAAAAGACGAAAAUUCCACCACCACCAACAACAAGACAGCUAAUGUUAAUAAUUUCAACAGCAAUUAUGCAACUAACAACAACAACAUUUCAACCGUUACGACAUCAAAUGCUAUCAACUACGCAAACAAUACGAACACUAUCUCACCGAUCAACAACGACCCGCUGACUGAAAAGUCUGACAACAACAGCAGCCAAACAACGACAAUAGUGAAUGUACAACCGACAAACAAUCACAGUAUUAACAUCAACAACAACAUCAACAAUUCUAAAAUCAACAACAACAACAUCCUCAACAACAACAAUCAUCGACAAAGCAGCAUCAACCACAAUCCUAAAUCGGCCGCAACUUGUCUCGAGAACAUGAAAGUGUUUGAGUUGAAAGUUGAAUGUAGGAAACGGAAUUUGAGUGUUUCUGGUAACAAACAAAUUUUACUGGCAAGGUUGUUGCCCUACUCUGAAAUUAUCAUGCAACAACAACAGCUGCUGCAACAACUGACGCAACAACAACAACUCCUGAAUAACACUAACAACAAUAUUGUUAACGCCACCAACAAUAACGUCACCAACAACAACAUCAACUGCAGCAAUAACAUUUCAGAUGAUUUACAUCAUCACAGCAAUAACAAAAUAACAUCAAGUUCUACCGCUGCUUUCGUUUGUAGUUCAUCAAAUUUUGUCGCAACAGCAGCGUGCAGAUCGGUGGCAAACAUUUUGUUGAGUAGUUACAAGACAUUGAGACAACGACUCUUUCUACAACCAACAACACCAACUGCAACAACACCCUACAAACAAACAACAACUGUCUUCAAGUUGCCUAAAAUAGAAAGUGAAACUAAUGUUAGUGUAUUGCCGCACAAAAUUCCAUCCUUUUCAUCAGCUGAUAUUUUAAAAAUUAGCGGGAAACUCGGCGAAAAUUUGGAAGGAUCUAGAUUGCAGAUUUUGCAGUCUGGCCUGAUUGGCGUUGCUACCAACAACGUGAUAAACAAUUUGAAGUUUUUAAACACUGUUGGUGUAAAUAGCACUAGCAUCAACAACAAUGAAAACAUCAACAACAUCAACCACAACCACAACAACAACAACAACAUUACAUCGACUAUAAAACAGUUGUUGUGGUUGAAACAACAACAGGAAUUGUUGAAGGUACAUAUCGAGUUGUGCUACAUGCAACAGCGCUUGUCACUAGCCAGACAACACGUGUUCAACAACAACAACAACAUCAAUAAUACUAUAAACAACAAUAACAACAACAACGUUAAUAUUACUAACCACAUCAAUAACAAUACCAAAAUCGUGAAUGGUAACAUUAAUUUCAGCAACCACAAAAUUAGUUUACUGACCGGUGAGGUUAACAACACUAACAAGAAAGAUAUAAGAAGUUUGAGCAACACCAUGCAACAUAACAUCAACAUUAUUAACAACAACAGCCCAAAUAUCCUCAACAACAUCAACAACAAUAACAUUAAUACCAAUAAUAUCACUAACAACAACAACAGCAGCAGCAACAACAACAACAACAAUAUUUUUGAUGAGAUUGCGACAAACUUAACAAACAAUUUUGAUCUAGAGAACUACAGAUUUUUCAACAACAACCUCGACGACAACAGUUACGAUAGCAACAUGGACAACUUCUACAACCGAUUGGACAACUAUUCUAUUAUAAACAACAACAUCAACAGCAACAACAUUAACAACAAUAACACCAAUAACAUCAACAAUGAUACUGAGAACAGUAGUAGCAAGAACAACAGUGACGACCAAUUCAUGUAUACAGAUUUCUUCUUCAAUGAACUCUCUCCAACCGAGAAUGAAUUUUUCAACGCUCAAAACAACAGCAAUUGCUUUGAAAAUAAUGACAUCAGCAUCAACAACAACAUCAACAUCAACAACGACGAUGAUGACGACAGCAUGGAUAUGAAAUUUUUAUUUGACAACAACGGAAGCAUAGACAGUAGUAUCACCGUAGACAAUAAAAUGACCAUUGAAAAUGAUUAUGCCGCAGACGAAAAUUUUAUAAUCGACAAUGAUUUCACGAAAAUGGAGACUGAAGAUAAUGCUGAUGACAUUUCAAUGCUAACCAACAUCUCAUUCUCUACAAUUCUAAACAAUAGCAACUUCAACAACAUUAAUAGCGGCAACAGCAUCAGUUUCAGCAACAUUAGUGGCAGCAACAACAACGUCAUCAACAUCAACAACAUCGGCAACAACAAUAACAACAACAUCUCAUCCACAACACACUAUCAACCAAUCAAACUUGAACCACAAUACCCCUUAAUGCUCCCUUACCAAAAUUCUCAAGAUUUUUUUCAACAAACUCAUUCACUGUCAUCAUUAUCAUCAUCACCCUUACUGCCAUCAUCGUCAUCAUUAAUGUCAUCAUCAUUACCGUCAUCAUCCAUGACGUCAUCGUCAUCAUUGAUGUCAUCAAAUUUCAUCAACAAAUCACACCAGCCACCACCCCUUUAUAGCGAAGUGGUACUUAAUGCCAAGAGAAUUGUAAGUAGGGGUGAUGAAUGA